AUGCAGAUAUUCAAAUUACUCAUAUCCUAUUAUUUCAUAAACUAUGCACGUGGAUCAUCGAAAACCUCCGCUGAAACUGGAAAUGAUAUUGAGAAAUUCUUGUUGGAAAGCAAUUCUGUGAAAGAACUCUCUCCGAAAAAUACGGAAAUGUCGGCGUUGAAUAACAAAAAGCCCGACAAGUUCAUGGAGGACUUGAUUGAAGUGCAGCGGACGUAUCGAAGUUUGAAAGAAAAAUGGCAGCGGAUGAUGGAGGAGAAGAAUCGUGUCAUACAGAUGGCCAGCUCCACCACGCCUCCAACUACCACAUCCGCAACGUCAUCUGAAGUGCAAGUAAUCGAUGUAGAUGUAUUCGAGGCGCCUGAAAAGUUUCAAGACAUUUCGUCUGAUAGCGAAUUUGACGAUGAAUCGUUUAUGGAUAUUUCUGUGACGUCAUCCACGUCCCCGGUCUCCACGACAACUACAGUAAGCCAGUUGGAUCAAAUCCAGACGGCGAUUCGGGAAGCUUUUGGAAGUAUUGGAGCAAAAGAGUUAUCUCAAAAAGACCAGAAAAUCAAUCAGCCAUCGCUAUUCGAGAUCAUUGGACCAUCUUCCUCCACCACUACCACCACCAGUACCACGACAAAACCGGUCACACAGCAACAAAUGGAUGCCACAAUCACAACUAUCAAAAUGGACCAGUCACCUCCACCUAGACCUGCAGUAGCCGCCGGCGUCAGUACAGUAACCUUGGAUACUGUAGCUCGGAAUCAACAAGUCCCAGAACUCACCAUGCUCAAUGUGCCACGCCCAAGACACCGUCCAGCAGGGAAUGUUGUUCCACAAGACCAUCCGGGACCCUCUACAAUGGAUGGAACGCAAAUUAUGGCGGGUGUGAAUAGCGGUGCGACAGCUCAGAGUGCUCCAGCCAUGUCCCAGGUGGUGCCAGCGGCGACAGAGGCUCCACCAGUAAUACCUACUGUGACUCAAGUUGCUCAGGUACCACUUGCAUCAGAGGACAAUUCCAAAUCUCUGCUAUCCACCUUCGGAGGCCGCCCACCCGCUCCAUUCCCCAAAGUUGCCACCCCAUGGAGACACCCAGCACCAACUAUGGACUCCUUGGACACUGCUAAUGACCCAUUUGACACCACCACACGUGUCACGCCGCCUACCACGACUUCUGAAUCCCCCACCACCUCCCUACCACUCCACAUUCUCCCCACGUCUUCAUUCCACUCAUCCGGAUCCCACCCAGACGCACAACCGGCCACCAACCUGUUCCGCUACCCAGAUCAAGUGAAGAUCCCAUUUUUUGGCGCGAAAACUGAGGAGGAUUCUGGAGACACUACAGUACACCCAAUGAGACCAACGACACCGGAGCCGUUUCGAAGUGAGGAGAUUCAGAAUUUGGAGGAAGUGGAGAAAGAGGAUGAAGACAUGACUCUGGCAGAGGAUUUGCCAUCAGAUUCAGAUUCUGACGCAGAAAACACAGAAUCCGAACUAGAAGAGAAUUCUGAAAUCGAGGAAUCCGAAUUCGUCGGUGAUGAAGAAAUUGAUGAGAUCACUGAAUCCGGAAUAACAACAACUCCACGUGGAAUCGAGCAAAAUGAGGACUACGUGGAGGAAACAUUCAGUCAGGAAAAGUCUUCAGAAGCGGCAUUGAAAGUUCCUGAAUCUUUUGGAAUCGGGAAGGCACCAAGUUUCGAGGAAGUUGCCGCUGCGCCACCUGCUUCACCAGCGGAUAUGACCCCUGCUCCACCAGUGGACUCAUCCCCUGGAUCUGAUCUUUUUGGCAGCCCGCCAGGAUCUCAAAAGGCAAGAGCUAAGGCUUUUGGCACCCUGCCAAGUUCUUCUGGACCAACGGAAUCGGAGUUUGGAGGAUUUGGAAGCCCGCCUGGCUCGUCUGGAUCAAAGUUAGGAGCUUUUGGAAACUCCGCCCCAAGUUUUCCAACUGAUGACAUUUUCGGAUCACCGCCUGGCUCAUCGGAACCGCAAGGACCUCAAGGACCAUCAGGAUUGCCUUCAACUUUAGAGGAGCAAAUUAUCGACUCUGACUCCGCCCCCUCAUUUGGAAUCGGGCGCUCACCACCUGGAUUCUCUCAACCUAUCGGACCUACACUCCCACCUGCCGCUCAACCUCAAAAACCUGGAGUCAAGUUCCCAACGCUUGUCGAGCAAGUUGAAAGCUUUUUAAUGAAGACGGAAGCUCCGUGGAGGACACUGGAGCUUCAAGUGCGCUAG